AUGACGGCCUCAUCGGGUGUCACAAAUAACACUGCUAACGGCAGUAGUUGCAAUGGCAAUGCCGGCAACUCCGAUAGUCCUCUGACCUGCUGCAACGCAGAGGAGGGUACUAAGGAUUCUUUAAAGGAGAAGCCCAUGACACCGUUGUCGGCUGCGAAAAGAAAACGUCUUUCUCCUAUCAGUGGACAUGGGCAACAGCCAAAUGGUUUUCAUUCCUCAACUUCUGCCUCUGCUUCUCCGAUUAAACAGAAGAAGUCCGAAGACUCAACAACUCUACUUGCCCCGCCUGCUACAGUCGCUGCUACCAAUACCACAAGCUCUUCCACCGUAGCCACAGGGUCCUCAAUGAAUCCACGACCUUCUGCCACUAAAGUCCCCCCCAAUGUCAAUACUGGGAUGGAGCUUCCAACGCCCCUCAACAGUGGGACCAUUCUCAGUCUGCAGCCACCCAGCACGGGGGCUAAUCGCCUUUCUGUGGGCACAGCUCAACAGAUAGAAGGUAUCACUCUACCCGUAUCUUCUGCUGUCAACUGCGGUGGAAAUAUAAUUAUUUGUUCCAGUGCUCCCGCUGCUACCAUUCAACACCAACAACAACAAUCAGCUUCUAUCGGAACGUGGAAUUGCCAAGUUAAAAGUCUGGAUACAAGAUCAACUCCAUUGACUCUGGUUCGACUGCCCAAUGGUCAGUUGGCAGCAGUACCGAGCACCGUCUUUGGUGGAUCUCAGGUGACUCUGACUGCGGCACCUCCGCCCCCUCCACUACCACCACCACCACCGCCUCCUCCUCCACCGCCACCACCGCAACAACCAGUGCUGCAAAGCCACGGUGCGACUCUGGUGCUGCGUUACCCCCAACAUCACCCAAGUCUACAGAAGACUGGUGACCAAUUUGAUCCCAGCCAGGGCGUUGUGGAUCCUACCACAACCAAUCUCACCAUUGUCAAUGGAAACUAUCAGUUCCAACAAACCCCGCAUUUCCAACACCAGGUAAGUUCAGUUAGAAAAAUGGUCCGAAGGAAAUAG